UGGAAUAUAGCCAGUGCUACUUGAGUCCUUGGAGGUCAACACCGACUAGUUGAGGGUUUUGGGGUGUACAUUGAAAGAAAGAGACUACUUUUUUUUCUGUCUAUGUAGAAAGUGCUUGGAGGUCUAUGUAGAAAGUGCUUGGAGGUCUAUGUAGAAAGUGCUUGGAGGUCUAUGUAGAAAGUGCUUGGAGGUCUAUGUAGAAGGUGCUUGGAGGUCUAUGUAGAAGGUGCUUGGAGGUCUAUGUAGAAAGUGCUUGGAGGUCUAUGUAGAGAGUGCUUGGAGGUCUAUGUAGAAAGUGCUUGGAGGUCUAUGUAGAAAGUGCUUGGAGGUCUAUGUAGAAAGUGCUUGGAGGUCUAUGUAGAGAGUGCUUGGAGUUCUAUGUAGAAAGUGCUUGGAGGUCUAUGUAGAAGGUGCUUGGAGGUCUAUGUAGAAGGUGCUUGGAGGUCUAUGUAGAAAGUGCUUGGAGGUCUAUGUAGAGAGUGCUUGGAGGUCUAUGUAGAGAGUGCUUGGAGGUCUAUGUAGAAAGUGCUUGGAGGUCUAUGUAGAAGGUGCUUGGAGGUCUAUGUGAAAGUGCUUGGAGGUCUAUGUAGAAAGUGCUUGGAGGUCUAUGUAGAAAGUGCUAGUUGAGGGUUUGGUGAUCUAUAGACUGUGCUAUUUGGGGGUUUCUGGUCGAUAGACGGUGCUAGUUGAGGGUUUGGAGGUCCUGUCUGGUGAGGGAUGUAUUCCCUGAGAGAGGUGAACCCCAUGCUGAGAGGGAUAAGAGUUUCGCCACAGUGGGCACUACAGAGACAUUCAGAACAGAUCACUGCACUACUCCAACAGGGAGAGCAGAAACCAUUCAAGGAAGUUAUUGACAUUAGCUCAGGUGAUUCACACAGGACCGGGAUAAAACCAAUCUCCUUUGUGCGACAGGUCCUGUCGGUCUGUCUGUACCCUGAGCUCCUGCAUAAUGACACACUUCCUGUGGACGUCAGGCAGAGAGCCCAGAGGCUGCUGGGAGAGUGUGAUGGGGGCAGUGUGGGUUCAUACACAGACUCCUGUGGGCUGCCUCAUGUUCAGCGCAGCGUUGCAGAGUUCAUCACUGGUCGUGAUGGAGGAGUGCCUUCCUAUCCCCACAACAUCUUCAUCUCUGCUGGCUCACAGAUAGCUCUGAAAGUGAUGCUAAAGCUGUUGGUGAGAGGGAAGGGUGUGUCCCAAAUGGGUGUGUUGACCCCCCAGCCCUGCCCCCACACCCUGCCCAUGCUGCUGGAGGAGGUAGGGGCUGUCCUGGUGCCUUACCAGCUGAGUGAAGAGCAGGGCUGGGCCUUGGAGCCAGGGGAGCUGCACCGAGCCCUCACCGCCUCUAGAGGGCACUGCAGGCCCAGAGCGCUCUACAUCUGUAGUCUACAUCUCAUGCAGGGCUCUAGCCUUUUGGGGGCCUUAAAUGAUAUUAUCACUAUCUCACCAUACUGUCCUUUUCCCUCCCUAACAGGUCAUGUACAGAGCAGGAAAUCUAUAGAAUGGGUGAUUCAGUUUGCUGCAGAAGAGAGGCUCUUCCUAUUGGUCAAUGAGGUGUAUCAGGACUGUGUGUAUGGGGAGGGCAUGGAGUUUAUGUCCUAUAAGAGGGUCCUGUUUGAAAUGGGUCAGCAGUACUCUGAGAUGGUAGAACUGGCCUCCUUUCACUCCAUAUCCAAUGGCAUCAUAGGAGAGUGUGGGCUGCGUGCUGGGUACAUGGAGCUGGUGAAUGUGGACCCAGCAGUGAUGGUGUUUGCUGAGACCCUCCUGUGUACUGACAUCAGUGCCCCCGUCACAGGACAGAUCGCCCUAGAAAUAAUGGUUAACCCUCCAAGACCUGGAGACCCCUCCCAUAGCAAGUAUACACAGGAGAUUCUGACCAAUCGGAUCACCCUGGCCCAGAAUGCUCAGCGGGCUUGGGAGUUUCUGAUUGGUCUUCCGGGGGUGAGCUGUCAGCCAGUGACGGGAGGUAUUUUUAUCUACCCCCGUCUGAGCCUUCCCCCUGAGGCAGUGGAACAGGCAAGGUCUGACGGACUGGAGGCAGACGUGCUAUACAGUCAGAGCCUACUCGAUGAGGAGGGUGUGUGUGUGGGAGCAGGGUGUGAGCAUGGGCAGAGAGAGGACAAAUACCACAUCAGACUGUGCGUGCUGACCCCCUCUGCCACUCUAGAGAAGGUCCUGGCAUGCCUCGGCUCGUUCCACCUGCACUUCCUGGACCAGUUCUCCCAGUAUGCUUAGGGACCGAGACCCACAGUCUGCCACAGACAUCUCCAGGACAGGGAACUGGACGUUCUGAACAUAUUCUACUGGACAUCUACCAAAGAGAGAGAUGAAGGCCCUAUAAAUUAUUGAUCAUGGGGAACCUCUGAGUAAACAAAUAUAAUAGGUCUGGACUCUAUUUCGCAUAAAGUAAAAAAUUGUCACACAGCUUAGUUCAUGUUUUGAUUUGUUAUAUUAUUUUCACUGCAUCAGGAAUAUCAUACACAGAUGUUUCUGCUUUCUGUUUGUGUGUAGGUGCCUCUGAGUAGCAAAAAGCAGGUUGGUGAUUAUUGUCAUGAGUCUUGCCCUGAAGGUAAAACUGAGCGUUUUUCGCUAGAUGGGACAUCGGCAAAGUCAAAAUUGUCUGUAUCACAAAAUUAUCUUAUUAAUCUUAAUUUAAGGAUAGGGUUACGCAUUAGUUAGCAGUGUGGCUAAGGUUAGGUUUAACAUCUGAUUUUAGGACUUUGUGGCUGUGCCAGCUAGUGACUGCUGUGCCAGCUAGUGACUGCUGUGCCAGCUAGUGACUGCUAUGCCAGCUAGUGACUGCUGUGCCAGCUGGUGACUGCUGUGCCAGUUAGUGACUGCUGUGCCAGCUGGUGACCACUAUGCAGAGCUGAUUCCAGGGCAAAACUUAUGACAAUAAAUAUUAACCUGCUAACAAAACAGUAACUGUGUAAGAACUAAAUUCCUUGACAUUUUGUGUUUGAGGUUCACAUGCAUGAUAUGCAUGUUUGGAAAAUGGAAACACAGCAAUAAACUUCUAAAACAAAAGUGAUGAUAGA